AUGACUAAAAAGAUUCAGGCCCCGCCCACAGGCCAAUACCGCCUCCCCGCCAGCCACGCCCUCUCCGAGGCCACGCCCCCGGAGUCGACCCCGCCCCCUCCAAGUCCCUCCUGUGACUCCGCCCCAGCGUCGCCCCGCCUCCCUCAGACCACGCCCCCAGCGCCGGCCCUGCCCUCCCAGGCUCCGCCCCCAGCGCCGGCCCCGCCCUCACCUCCUGGCAGCGGCAGCCCCGGGUCGUCCAAGAUGGAGGAGGGCGCUCUACGGGCGCCUCUCGCCCUCGGGCUGCUGCUGCUCGCCGUGCUGCCGGCCGCGGGGUGGCUGAAGACGGGCGCCCCCGAGCCACCGGCGUCCGGAGCCCCCCAGGAUGACAUCAGAGUUAAUGUAACGACCCUGAAAGAUGAUGGGCAAGUGUCCAAAGAACAGGUUGUUCUUAACAUAACCUAUGAGAGUGGACAGGUGUAUGUAAAUGGCCUGCCAGUAAGUAAUGGUGUAACCCGCAUAAGCUGUCAGGCUUUGAUAGUGAAGAAUGAAAAUCCAGAAAAUAUGGAGGAAAAAGGAUAUUUUGGACUUGUCCGUGUAAGGAUUUUAGUUCAUGAGUGGCCUAUGACAACUGGUUCCAGUUUGCAACUGAUUGUUGUUCAAGAAGAAGUGGUAGAGGUUGACGGACAGCAAGCUCUACAAAAGGAUGUGACUGAAAUCGAUAUUUUAGUUAAGGACCAGAGAAUCCUGAGACAUUCAAACUAUACCCUUCCUUUGGAAGAAAGCAUGCUUUAUUCUAUUUCCCGAGACAAUGACAUGGUAUUUACCCUUCCCAACCUCUCCAAAAAAGUAGAAAGUACUGGUUCAUUGCAGACCACUAGCCAGUAUCUUACCAGGAAUGUGGAAACCACUGUAGAUGAAAAUGCUUUACCUGGCAAAUUACCUGAAACUCCUCUCAGAGCAGAGCCUCCAUCUUCAUAUAAGGUAAUGUGUCAGUGGAUGGACACACUGAGAAAGGCGCUGUGUCAGUUCUGGAGCAGUGUGUGCCCAGUGUUCUUCAUGUUUCUGCAUGUCAUGGCGGUUGGAAUUCUAGGAGCAGCAGGGGUCAUAACCAUCUUAAAGUUGAUUUUUCCAGUUCCUCAAUACAAAGGGCUUCUUCAGGUGGAUAAAGUGAAUAUUAUGCCUGUGACAGCUGUCAGCUUAUAUCCAGAUGGCUUGGAGAAAACAGCAGAAAACUUUGAAGAUAAAAUACGAAUUUAAAGCCCCAUCUCAGUUCUGAACUCUAAUGACGUCUCCUGUCUUCCAGACUUGCCAUCUGACCGUACGCGUGUUGUAAGGCCCAAGGGCCUCUUCCAUCCUUGUCAAGGGGAGUGCUAACUUUCUCUUCUUUCAUGCAACACCAGACUUGCCAUUUGAAUGUAAUUUUCUUUAAAUCAUUCAGAAUCAGUCUAUGCAUAGAAAUUGCCAAACUCCUAAGACUGCCUGAAAAUUGACCUUUACAGUGCCAAGUUCAAGUCCUCCUAAUUGUAUACAAGAGCCCAGCUGGCUUUCUGAUGAUGAAUUAUACAGGAACAUUUCCGUGGAAGAGAAGAUGUGAGGUUUUAAAAUUACAAAAAGAAAAGGUGAGACAGGCUGCCAUGUGCCAAUAACUUUUCAAGGUGCCUUGGUUAAAGAAAAUAUAUCCACUUAAUUAUUGUAAAAAGUACAAUUAUAUAAAAAGCACUUUAUGAAAUUCUAAUUUAAAAGCUCAAGAACUUAAUGCUAUUUUUUUUAUUCAGAAUGAUGUGCCUUUAUAUUAAGUAUGUGACUCGGUAUGAAAAUCACUACAGUAUAAAACUUGCCAUGAUUUGUGUACCAAGACUACUUACCUUGAACACACCAGGAUUUUAAAACAGCAGUGACAUAUCCUUACUCUAAAAUAAACUUUUUUAAGGAAAGAAA